CAAUGGGCCAGCAUCGGCUAGCCAAGUCCAGUAAGCAUCAGCAAAUCUGACGUACCCCAUUCGUGCCCCGUCUCCACUCCCGCUACCGACUCCGGCGACCACCAUGGCCACUCGCCGGAGCCCCGCCACCACCCACCACCGACUCCUCCUACUCCUCCUCCCCUUGCUGCUAAUCGGCUCGUUCCUCCUCCCCCUCUCGUCCGCCUACCGCCCCGGCGACAUCAUCCCCAUGCUCCGCUCCGGCCAGUACCACGGCUCGAGGUCGGUGUGGUUCGACGUCAUCGGCCGCCACUGCCCGGUCUUCGCGGUCAACCGGGAGGUGCUGAUGCCGAUCCCCAAGCCGACGGGGUUCACCGGUGCGGAUCCGUAUAAGAUAACAUUUCAGAUUGGACACGAAAAGUUCCAUGUUCCUUGGCUUUAUGUUAUUAAUCGCAAAAGCUCUGAAGUUCCACUGAUUGAUUUCCAUUUAGUGAGUCCCUUGUUAACUGUUAUAUAUGUAAUUCCAGGGGAAUACUUUCUUUCUGCUUAUAAUUAUCUACCUUUGAUUAUACAGAAAUACACUGGAAACGAUUUGCUUGGUGUUACGGCUAAAGUAGUGGACAUGCCUCACCAUUUUGUGGAACUUCAUCCUGACAUAAAGAAGAAUUUCUGGGAUCCACAGAAUUGGCCAAAAUAUGUACUUGUUAGUUAUACAUGGGAGGAACAAUCAGAGAUAGAUGUUACUGCAGGAUUCUAUGUGUUAUUUGGAUCUGGCCUUGUUCUUUCCUUCAUCCUUGCAAUCUAUGUAUUGCAAUCAUCUCAAGAUAAAUUAACAAGGUUUGUACGAGAAGCAGUUUCUGAUAGCAGUCUACCUGAAGGAGGGGUUGCAAAGGUUGAGUGAUGUUUCCGCGAGGGGCUGUUGGAUUAUCAACAAAUGUCCACUUAUGGAAACACCGACAAAGACAUUGUGAACUUGAGCUUUCUUGGGAGCGUGGACAAUAGCAUGCAUCUGAAGAACCGGUGAACCAUUUUGUAUGCAUGCAUUGUACGGAACUGACAGUUACAACAUAGCGAGUUAAAUGAGAGAUGAAUUAUAGGUUUUUCCUUGCUAUAACGGAACAUUUAGCAAACUGAAGUAUGUGCAGUUGCUAGCUCAUUACAGUUUUGAUAUAUGACCUGUGUGAUUUCAAUGUUGCAA